GCCUUUCCCGUACGGUCCGAAAUUCACCGCUCGCCACCGUUCGUCUCUCGUCUGCCGCGACCCUGUCCCCGACCCAUAGGCGUCAGCCUCCAGCCCCUACUCCACUCCACAUAUUUACAGGAACGAGCCAACCCACGAUCGGACGACGCGAGCAAAGUGACAAAAACCGCACAGCUCACUUUCGCAAUUCACGCUCCUCUUUCACCACAUCAUCGUCUCUCGCUAAGUACAGUGUCGAGCCAAGACUCUCGACCCUCGAGCUCCCUGCAUCAAAAGAGCAGAGCUUUUCUUUUUGGCAACAGGGGCAGACAAGGACGCGGUUCUCGAGAAGGGGAACGUUGGAGCAGCAUAUUUGCUGAAGUGGGUCUCGGGAAUAAAGUGAAAGGCUUAUCGAUAAUUAUCUCGGAGACACAGAGAGCAGAGAGAGAGAGAGGGAGGGAGCAAAUGGGAAGAGGGUUCAGGCUUAUCUUUGCCACUUCGCUGUUGCUUAUGCUUCUGGACCUGUGCAGAGGAAGCACGAUCGGUAUAUGCUAUGGUAGAAAUGCGGAUGACCUCCCAACACCUGACAAAGUGGCGCAAUUGGUUAAGCUUCACAACAUCAAGUACCUCAGGAUUUACGACUCUAACAUUCAGGUUCUCAAGGCCUUUGCAAACACAGGAGUUCAGCUCAUCAUUGGUAUUUCAAACUCAGACCUAUUGCCGUUCUCUCAGUUCCAAUCAAACGCCGACACUUGGCUGAAGAACAGCAUCCUCCCAUAUUAUCCUGCCACAAAGAUCACGUACAUCACUGUUGGCGCCGAGGCAACAGAAAUUUCCAGCAAUGUCACUGCCCUUGUGGUACCGGCAAUGCAAAACAUAUUUACAGCCUUGAGAAAAGUCGGUCUACACAAAAGAAUCAAAGUCUCCACGACCCAUUCUCUUGGAGUUCUAUCUAGAUCCUUUCCGCCUUCAGCAGGUGCUUUUAAUAGUAACUACGCAUCUUUCUUGAAACCCCUUCUGAUAUUUCUCGCUGAGAACCAAUCUCCUUUCAUGAUUGACAUCUACCCUUACUAUGCCUAUCGAGAUUCGCCAAACAAUGUCUCUCUAGACUAUGCCCUAUUUGAGUCAUCCUCGGACGUGAUUGAUCCAAACACUGGGUUGCUCUACACCAACAUGUUUGAUGCCCAGAUAGAUGCUCUUUACUUUGCCCUCAUGGCUUUGAACUUCCGGACCAUCAAAAUCAUGGUCACUGAAACAGGAUGGCCAUCUAAAGGUUCUGCUAAAGAAACUGCUGCAACUCCAGAUAAUGCUCAGACUUACAACACAAACUUGAUCCGUCACGUGAUUAAUGACACGGGCACUCCUGCAAAGCCUGGUGAAGCGUUGGAUGUGUAUAUCUUUUCGCUUUUCAAUGAAAACAGGAAGCCUGGUUUGGAUUCUGAGAGGAACUGGGGGCUAUUUUAUCCUGAUGAGACGAGUGUGUACAAUUUGGACUUCACUGGAAGAGGCUCUGUGGAUGUGAUAACCGGAGCUAAUAUCACUAGUUCUAAUGGAACUACGUGGUGCAUUGCUUCGGCUAAUGCAUCAGAAAUUGAAUUGCAGAAAGGCUUAGACUGGGCCUGUGGAUCAGGAAAUGUGGACUGUUCUGCGAUUCAACCUAGCCAACCGUGUUAUGAGCCGGACACCUUGGUUUCUCAUGCCUCAUUCGCCUUCAACAGUUAUUACCAGCAAAAUGGCGCUACAGAUGUUGCUUGUAGCUUUGGAGGGGCAGGAUUAAAAGUUGACAAGAACCCAAGUUAUGACAAAUGCCUUUAUAUGACUGCCGGGAGCAACAAAACCGCUACAAGCAAUGCGACGGCCAUUUCUUCAACUUCUUCCUCCCAGGCAGGUGAAGUCCAUAUCUUGGCAUUAAGCUCCACUAUUAUGACAUUUUUCCUGUCAUUUAUUUUGAUCAUCGGCAACAUCUAAAGAAUCACGGGGAACUCUUCAAAGAGGCGGUGAUGCGAAGGUGGAAGCCUUUCCACUUUAUGUAGAUGGAUCUGUGUGGGAAAAAAGAAUUCCCAUUUUUGUUCUUCUGUCCAAAUGACAUAGUCCGUUGAGGGCAAUGUGGGCUGCUAGUUUUUCAUUAUCAUUAUUAUUUUUUUUUUUGGUAAGUUUCAUUAUCAUGUUAAUAGAGGUAGUUUCAGGAAAUCCUGUCUUCAUGGAAAAUUUAUCUGUACAAAUGGCCCAAGCUGGUUCUUCUUUGUUAGGAUUUUGGUGGACCAUCUAGUAGUCAUUUGGAAUUGUAAAAGUGAAAGGGGCUGUGGUUGCGAUCCCAUGUAAGUUGCAAGAUGCGAAAUUCAAAAAGGUUUAAAGGAUUUUGUCCUA